UGCAUAUUAUUUCUUACAAUUUUUGUGUCACAUUUUAUCCAUAGAAUGCUCAUAAUAAUUUGUAUUAAAUGCCAUUUAUUAAAUCAAGCCAGACUGUAUUAUCGAUAUUAUCGGUACACAUUUGAUAAAACUACUUUGCGCGCUGUCACGUCUGUGAUCUAUUUUCGACACACAGCUAGAGUGAUCGUAAAAGUGUGAAAGAAUAUAGCGAGUGAUGACGAUUCAAAUAAGUCGCUUAAAGAUUAUCAGUCGCCUUUAAAGAGAUUCCAAGAGAUUCCGAGACGACUUUUCUUUCAACGGCAUUUUAUUAUUUAAUUUGCGUAAAACACGCGCACAUGUCUAUGUGGCAUCAUUCGUAUGUAUAACCCCAUCGUGACUGCGAUAUAUUAUUACAGCAGCAUAAAUUGAACUUCCAGUGCUUUCAACAGAUCAGAAUUGCACGGAUUAAAUUUGAGCCAGCAGUGCUCUCGCGGUACACGCAGAACUGCAGCUGUUGUGUUCUCGUUACCUAAUUAGAAGACAUACCGUCCUAAUACGCAUUUAAUUAUGUAACUCUUUAGCCGCCUCUCAUCAUUCUAUUAUCUUCAAAUAACGGCAAUUAGCACGCACGUUCGCAUUGAUGUCGUAUAAACGCGAGCUUCGGCCUGAAGCACGAAGUGACAAAUAUUUUAGACAGCUAUGAUUUUUAUAUAAUUCUAUUAUUUAUUUCGAUAACCAGAGACCAACUUUAUGUUCUUGUAAAAUUCACGUGAGAAAUUUAUGUUUUGGAAAUUGUGUUUAAAGCGAUGACAAAGUUGCAUUUACAAAUUUAUCGUAGACAAUGUUUAUAAAAAUGAUUGUCAUUAUAUAAUAGUGAUGAUAGCAGUACGAUUAUCUUUCUGAUGAAAAACAUGUAUUUAUUAUUCUGAUGUUAAAAAAAAUGUGCGAGGAACCGCGUGCAUUUUUAUUACGGUGGUGGUGGCGCAUUGUAAUCGUUCGUGGAUAUCCAGAAAAUGAUUUGUUAGUGGAUACUGUACUCAAGCAACAGCAACAAUCGUUUGGUUUCAACAUACUUCUGGUGAAACCGGGCUCUACGCUUAUAUCGAAGCUGUUCAAUUAUGUGUCUACCGUUUCCAGUUUCAAAAAAUAUGACUAUCCGAUGGUUACGGAAACGGUCUUAAACGACGAAAGAUUGAAAGAUGCUAUCAAACUAACCACUUUCGAGGUAGUCAACAAUGAAGCUUGCAGCGAAGAGAAAGCAUUCGCGAAGACGAAAGCCAGGGCCAGGAGUAUAUUACAACAAAUGGAAAGCAGAUGCAGCGACGUGCUGCUGAAAAUAGUUGCAUGGCUUUGCUACAAAUUGCUGCCCUGUUUUAUACAAUCCGCCGUCGUGUUGCCUUCUCAGAUGGAAUUGCUGAAAAAGGCGAAUGAUACCGGCCUACCGCUCGUGCUGCUGCCUCUCCAUCGCAGCCAUUUGGACUACAUAAUGAUCAGCUUCCUGAUGGUCGUGAAUAACAUAAAAAACCCGUUAAUCGCGGCAGGGGACAAUUUGAAGAUUCCAUUUUUCGGAUGGUUUCUGAGAGGUCUAGGAGCUUUCUACAUCAAGCGGCGUAUCGAUCCAGUAGCAGGACGCAAGGAUCUUCUCUACCGCGCGACCCUACAAACGUACAUCAUGGAGAGUCUUCGUGCCGGACACAACAUGGAGUUCUUCGUGGAAGGUGGCCGCACAAGAACCGGCAAGCCUUGCAUGCCGAAAAGCGGCAUUCUGAGUGUUAUCGUCGACGCUUACAUGGAUGGCACUAUUGAGGACGCAUUGUUGAUACCCAUAGCGAUCAACUAUGAACGAUUGGUGGAUGGGAAUUUUGUUACGGAACAAUUAGGGCAGCCGAAGAAAAUGGAGACCUUUACGUCGGCGAUCAGUGCUAUAUGGGCGACUUUAAUUGGCCAUUAUGGUAUCGUCAAAAUCGAUUUGUGUCAACCUUUUUCUCUCAGGGAAAUGGUGAAGACCUUCCAGACUCAGCAAAAUAAAUUGCUAAUAAGAUCUCCUUCGGAACGAUCUUUAAAAUACAGCAUGUCGAAUUCGUCUCUUUACGGUACAGAUGUCAUUGUGGAAGAACAUCGCCAAUUGGUGGACAGUAUCGCUCGGCAUGUUGUGUACGAUUCGUCCAAGUCUAUGCCGAUUAUGUCGACCAAUGUUGUUGCAUUUUUACUAUUAAAUAGGUUUAGGGAUGGUUGUACAUUAGACAAAUUAAUAGAAGCAUUCGAUUCGAUACGGCAAGAGCUGGAAUUCAGCGACAAAGAUGUAGCAUUUUGCGGGGAAAGCGUCGAUAUCAUUAAACACGCAUUGAUUAUCCUGGGUCCGGGCUUGGUGACGCAGCAGCGACAGGAAAUUACCGAAGCCGUCGAUGGCGGUCAAUCCUACAAAUCGAAUGUUGUCAUUGCAAUCCGUCCUGCAUCGAUUCUGCCGAAUGUGAUUGAGCUGUCGUACUACAGCAAUACCAUGCUGUUGCACUAUGUUUUAAACAGUGUGAUAGUAACUGCUUUGUAUGCUGAAUUGCAGUCCCAGAUUAACGAUCCCAUCGCGAUCGCCGAAAAUAAUAUUACAGUGUACCAACACAAUCUGCUUGAACGAGCACUUAAGUUGUGCGACAUUCUUAGGUAUGAGUUUAUUUUCUGCAGGCCUUGCCAGGAACUGAGAGAUAUAGUUCUUGAAACAAUACAGAACUUGUCGCACACGGGCAUUAUAAACCAAAAAGAGGAAGCUUAUCUUGAGGAUGAACUCUGGAGUAAAAGGUACGCGAAGACUUUUGAUGACAGUUCGGACGAGGAAUAUUCGAGAGAACGCGAUAUCCAGAAAAUCGAAUAUAAACUGAGCUUAACGCCAGAACACUCCGCUCGUAUGGAAUUCCUUCAUACGAUGUUGCGACCAUUAAUUGAUACGUAUACGUGCAGCGCUUUUAAUUUAAUGAAGUUAGUCGGCCGAGAGCUCUGCGAGCGAGAUUUAGUCCAAGAAGUGCUGAGCGAAAUUAAAACCAAUUUGGAUGGAGGUAUAAUUAAUUACGGGGAGAGUUUAUGCGUCGACCCGAUAAAGAACUCCUUCAAGCUUUUCGAAAAAUGGAACGUUCUGGAAUGUCACAUGGAAGGAAAAAUUAAAAUUUUCUACUUGAAAGAGGAUUAUGAUAAGGAUGUAGCAACACAAACCAUAUACGAUACAAUAGCAGCUUUCAAGUGGACCAGAAAUGUGGAUUAAAGCAUGGGUGAUAUUUUUGCUCCAAAGAAAGUCUCUGAAUCAUUAUUUUUUAUAUCUUUUAUAGGGAAAUUCUUAUUGUGUGACAUAUAUCCGUCUAGAAGUUUGAUAAACGGUUUUCAUGAACACCGUCAUCAAAUGUGUGUUAAAGUACAUGUAGCUUGUACAUAGUAUUUUUUUAAACAGAAAAAGUAAAGAAAAGCUAUUUACUUGUUGUAAUAUAUCACUUGUGAAUGUUCCUAAAAGUUCGUACAACUCACAAAGUGAAUUUCUGUUUAAUGAAAACUGUACAGAUGCAACCAUAGAUCUGCAACGUUAGUUGUACGUACUUUUACAAAUAUAAUAAACUUUAUUAGGUAAUGUUACACAUCAUAUAAAAAUAUUGCUAUUAGUAGUUGCUUGUUAAUAAAGACAUUCUUUCUUUAAAUAAAA